AAUUUUGGCACUUAGACACGUGUGAUGUGUGGUGACAGGUGUUCCGUGUUAUCUUAAUUCCUAUAGUUUCGGGAUUCCGUUCCCGAUUUCCGGGUUCUGGUGUAUGAAUCACCUAUCCGGAUGGGACUUUCUACUUUAUUCUUUAAUAAUCUUUAGGAUCUAAAGAGUAGGGAGUAUUAACAUAAAUAAAUUUAAUAAAACCAACUAUUAUUUUUUUACUCCCAAGUCCCAUUAGUUCGACGACGGCGAUGUUCGGAUACUUAUUUAGUUUUAAGGAUUCUUGAAAAAAAUAUUAUACUUAUACAGUCGUUGGUAAUAGUCUUUCAAAAACAGUUAGAUUUCUGCUGCUCCUGUGAACAAUUAUUCCUCCAACUAACGUUGAAUUUUAAAAAUCUAAUAAUGAUUUUUAUAUUAUUAAAAAACCAGCAGAAAUCGUCAAAUACGAACUUUCUGUAAACAAAUACGGUGGAAUAGUCCAUUUGACUAACCAUGGAUGAAUUAUUGGAAGUACGAAAAAUGGACAUAGCCGUUAGAUACGAGCUGAUUAAUUUAUUGGACACAAACGAUGGGUGGAAGCAACUCAUGUCUGUAGUGACAUUCGAUUGUGAUCCAUCCAAUAGCCUCAAGUAUUCAAUCGAUCAUAUUAACCGGAUAGAAACAGCUGGUCACACUCAAAGACGAUCAUGCAGUGAAAUAUUCCUGGAAGAAUGGAGCACAAGCGGUAGAAUCCGACCAAACCUAAAGUUUCUAUUGGAAUUCUUGGUCAAAGCAAAACUUCUACGAGCAGCCGAAUAUGUAUCUUCCAAAAUCCUAAAUGGACGACCUCCUGAAAGACCAAAAGAUGGACCCCUAGCCCCAAUAGAUGUUACGAUAAAUGAUAACCACACCAGUCCUUCUAACAGCGAAGACUUUAAAUCUACCUUUUGUGCUGAUCAAUUGGACACAAAUUUUUCUACUACAUUAAACAAUAAAAAUAGAUUUGGUGAGAUUGAAUUACCCUAUUGUUAUUUAAAUAGCGCGACAAAUGGAUUUUCUGAUUUGCAUUUGAUUGGCGCUGGAGGUUUCGGCAAGGUGUAUAAAGCAACAUUAAACAACUGUAUUGUGGCUAUAAAGAAAAUGGAUAAAGUGUUCGAGGACAAAGAUUUCGAACAGUAUUUGAACGAAAUUGAUAUAGUAAUAAAAUGUAAACACGAAAAUUUACUUCCACUGCUAGCUAUAUCAUACGAUGAACAACCAUGCGUUAUAUACGAAUACAUGGAAAAUGGAUCGUUACUUGAUUGCCUUAAAUGUCUAAAUGAUAAAUCACCAUUAAAUUGGAUUCUUAGAAUGAAGCUCGGAUUAGACGUAGCUAAUGGUCUAGUUUAUUUGCAUACGGCAUUUGAAAAUCCAAUUAUACAUAGAGACAUAAAGACUGCUAAUAUUCUUCUCGACGAUAAAUUUGUUGCAAAAAUUGGCGACUUUGGGUUGACGCGUAUCGGAGACCAUACUAUGACAUCGGUAGUUUCGGGUACAUCUGCUUAUAUGUCACCCGAAGCCUUCAGAGGAGACAUUUCUGUGAAAAUGGACGUAUUUAGUUUUGCAGUGGUCUUGUUAGAGCUAUUGACAGGCUUAGCGCCUUAUGAUACAUCUCGCACGGGUUGUGAUUUGUUAACUCAUAUAUACGAUAUUGAGUGCCCAGUUAAAGAUUUGCUGGAUAAACGCGCUGGAAAUUGGGACUUGGAAAUAGGCACUAAAGUGUACGAUUUGGCUAUACUCUGUGCCGCUAAUAAAACACAAAGACCUUUUAUGCAUGGCCAAGGAGGAGUGCUCGAGUGUCUGAAAAAAAUCCAAGCCGACAUUAAAAUUUGUUGUUAAUUCUAAAAAUUGUACAACUAAAACUGAGUAACGAAUAUCAUAAGAAUUUAAAUACUUAAAAAGUACAAGUGAACAACAAAAUUAAAAAUAUUUUAUUUUAUCAUA